AUGACUUGGGUGCUGCAGACAUGGGUGAGCGAGUGUGGGGAGCACUGCAUCGACGUCAUGCUCGGGGGGGAAGACUGCCUGGGGAGCCCGCCGGACGACUGCCCCAUCCUCAUGGAGCCAUUGGGGAGCGCGGAGGUGGAGGGCAUACCCCAGUCGCACACACUAGAGGUCCACGGGGGAAAGUGCUGCGUGGUGAAGCUUCCGUGCUGCGGCAAGGCAUUCCAUCCCGUCGCCCUCGCGGUUUACUUCAUGCUCCACGGCAUGCGCUGCCCCAUGUGCAGGAGCGGGCACGGCAGCCCCCUGAGCGCGGAAUGCCUCCCCUCCUCCUGCCGCCAGGCCGUCGCGGGCCACGUCGAGCGCAUGCGCAAGGAGAUGCGAAGGGAGGAGGCCGAGGAAGACUUCGAGGACAUCGACGUCGACAUCGACCUCGUCCCCGUCAGUGAGCUCAUGACCGACAUCGCCCUGCUGCGGCAGUGGGAUUUUGUCUACCCCAACCUCCAGCUCCAAGCCAUCCUCCACAUGCCCCCCUCCAGCGUGCUCAAGGCCCUCGAAACGCUCAACCGGCACCCCUUCGAGGCGGGGUUGCCGUACUGGACGCAGUGCUCCACCGGCAUCCACCUCUUCCUCAACGUCGUCUUCGAGCACCCGGAGAUCCACCCGCCGCAGAGGUUCGCGGUCCAGAGAAACCAGUGCAGGAAGAUCAGCCGCGCCCUCACCAUCCUGCGCCCCGCCAGCAUCUCCUUCGGCCUCUGCUACGCCGACGACGGGGAUAGCAUCACCCAGGUCGCCCGCUCCCGCGUGGUUCCCUUGCAGAGGGCACAGGAAGGCACCCACCAAGCGGCAGAGCAAGAGACCGUCUGCAGCGAGCUCACCUUCGAGACCGAGGAGCGCAGCGUCCGCGCCGGCACCGUCCGCAUGGCCUUCAUGGCGGGGCGGGGCAGGAGCGUCGAGGGCAUCACCUGCGAGGUCAGGCCAGAGGACAUCAUCACCCGCCUCGUCCACGGCAGGAUCAUGGCCUUCCAGCACACCCACGGCCUCCUCGACACCUCCAUCGUGACCUUCGUAGCGUAG